GGACGACCGGCCACGACUCUACAGUCUCGGACCCCGGCUCUUGUCCCGCCCUGGCCCCUGGUUCCUGUCCCCAGCUGGAACUCCCUAAGCCUCUGUUGGGGUUCUGGCCAUCUUGCAGGCCUGGAAGCCCUCACCUGCUGGCCCUGAGCGUCGCUCCCGGCUCCAGGCGAGGCAGGCGCUUUCCGCUUCCUGCUAACUGCUUUCCGGGCCAUAGUGGGCAGCGCCGCCGUGGCCCCGCAGCCACAUGGGGCGGAGGAAGCAAGGGGCGGCAGGGCGGCGGGUCAUAUACCGGGCCCCGGGGCCGCGCGCUUUCGUGCGCCCGGCCCGGAAAAUGGCCCGGCCCCGGGGAGGCAGGCGAUCAAAGAAAGGCACGUAAAAGGAAGGAGGGGAAAAUCAGGGUAAGGAAAGGGAAGGGAAGGGGAAGGCAAAGCAGGAUCAGGCAGCUUUCCGACAGCCAGGUCUGGAAAGGACGGCGAGCGGCGAGAACCAAAACACCCCCUCCUUCUUGCCCGAGCCCCGUCACUCCUGCGCAGCCGCACAUCGCAGCAUGUCGCCACGGAGACGCCGCCUUGACCAGAGGGGUGGGACUUAAGGACUGCAAAGAAAAUUGGUGUCCACGGAGAACUUCCGCUUGCCUUUUGCCCGUGGCGUUUUAGCUGUGGCCAAGCUGUGGCCAAAGGAAUCUAGCAUUUCCUCAGCCAGCUCAUCCUCUGGCAUGCGGAAGUAAGUAUGAGCUGUCUCGCUGCCGGUGGGAAGCCCUUCCAAUCUUUGGCCUCUAUAACCAUCCUGGCUGGAUUAAAGGUAUUCUAGAGACCCCGAUGGAUGCCGGUUAGCAAUCAGACUGUUAAAACACUGGACUGAAAUUGCAGUUUCCCUGGGAGUCCAUGCUGGGAGAAGGAAAAGACUAGGGCCAACCGAGGAACUUGACUCCAGGAAAAGAUGUUUCACAGUUCCGAAAACUUGUCAGACUACCUUACCAGAGAAACUGGAAAUGAAGAGAUGAUGGAUGCGCCCACACCUCGACAAAGGACUGCUUAGUUACACGUACCUCUUGGCGUCUAUGUUCUAAAUGGCUUCUAAGAAGUUGGGUACAGAUUUUCAUGGGACUUUCAGUUACCUUGAUGAUGUCCCAUUCAAAAUAGGAGACAAAUUCAAAACACCAGCUAAAGUUGGUCUACCUAUUGGCUUCUCCUUGCCUGAUUGCUUACAGGUUAUCAGAGAGGUGCAGUAUGACUUCUCCUUGGAAAAGAAAACCAUUGAGUGGGCCGAAGAUAUUAAGCUAAUCCAAGAAGCUCAGCGAGAAGCAGAGCGGAAGGCUGAGGAUGCAGAAGCUAAAGUGACUUCUAAGAGUGGCCCAGAGGGUGACAGCAAAAUGAGCUUCUCCAAGACUCAUAAUCCAGCCACAAUGCCGCCUCCGAUUAACCCCAUCCUUGCCAGCUUACAGCACAACAGCAUCCUCACUCCAACUCGGGUCAGCAGUAGUGCCACAAAGCAGAAAGUUCUCAGCCCACCCCACACAAAAGCGGAUUUCAAUCCUGCUGACUUUGAGUGCGAAGAGGACCCGUUUGAUAAUCUGGAGUUAAAAACCAUCGAUGAGAAGGAAGAACUGAGAAAUAUUCUGGUAGGAACCACUGGACCCAUAAUGGCUCAGUUACUGGACAGUAACUCACCCAGAGGAAGCUCGGGUUCUGUGUUACAGGACGAGGAGGUCUUGGCCUCCUUGGAGCAGGCAACCUUAGAUUUCAAGCCUCUUCAUAAACCCAAUGGCUUUAUAACCUUACCGCAGUUGGGCAACUGUGAAAAGAUGUCGCUGUCUUCCAAAGUGUCCCUGCCCCCUGUCCCUACAGUAAGCAAUAUCAAAUCUCUGUCCUUCCCCAAACUUGACUCUGAUGACGGCAGUCAGAAGACAGUCAAGCUUGCGAGCACUUUCCAUAGCGCAUCCUGCCUCCGAAGCGGCACACCCCGGGGUUUCCUGAAGCCUUCCACCCAAAGCAGUGCCAGUGAGCUCAAUGGGGACCAUGCUCUUGGGCUUUCAGCUUUGAACUUGAACAGUGGUACAGAGGUGCCAACCCUGAUGUCCUCCCAGAUGCCUUCCCUGUCUGUCUUGUCUGUGUGUACAGAAGAACCAUCACCUCCAAAUACAUGUCCCACAGUCACCCCUCUAAAUUUCUCAGUGUCACAAGUGCCCAACAUGCCCAGCUGUCCCCAGGCCUAUUUGGAACUGCAGGCACUGUCUCCGAGUGAGCGGCAGUGUGUAGAGACAGUAGUCAACAUGGGCUACUCAUAUGAUUGUGUCCUGAGAGCCAUGAAGAAGAAAGGAGAGAAUAUUGAGCAGAUUCUCGACUAUCUCUUUGCACACGGACAGCUUUGUGAGAAGGGCUUUGACCCUCUUUUAGUGGAGGAGGCUCUGGAAAUGCACCAGUGUUCAGAAGAGAAGAUGAUGGAGUUUCUUCAGUUGAUGAGCAAGUUUAAGGAAAUGGGCUUUGAACUGAAAGACAUUAAGGAAGUUUUGCUAUUACACAACAACAACCAGGACAAUGCUUUGGAAGACCUCAUGGCCCGGGCUGGAGCCAGCUGAGACCAGGCCCUGCCAUGGCCCUGCCACGGCCCCACCAUCCCCCAGGAUGCACAGCUCACUCGCGGGCAGGAAGGACAUGCUUCCAGAUUUCCUUUGGGAAUUAGGCCAGAUGUGGAGAUGACAUUUGCUAGUCUCUGUGAGCCCAGGCCUGAGCUGGGGGAAAGUAGGAAGACUUGGGCAUACAAAUGCCCUGCUGGCUCCUUCAAUAUUAAACAUAUCUGUAUUCUGAGAAGUGUCCUUCCCACAUUGGCCUGUCAGAAAGAACACUUGGAUCUUUCUGGGGUCUCUUAUUUCCUCAGCCAAAACCUGGCCUGGUUCCCAAGAGGAGUGGGAAGAAGAGGAGGGGCAUACUGCUGUUUGGGGGCUAGAUGCCUUCCUCUCUGCCACACCACAGGCAGACUGAACUCCAACCUGAGUCGAAUACAAGCAAGAGGUUCUUCCAGGGGCCCACCUUCCCCAGCAGUUCUUAGUGUUACACUGGUUCUGGAAUGUCUCUGCGGUACAAAAGAUGCACUUUUCCUCAUGGGACAAAGUCUUCUGCUAGGCAGUUCCCAUGUGUCCCUGUCCAGACUGUUUCUUGUGGAUUAGACAUAAUCCUCUACUGCCCAGGGCAUUGGAGCCCCUGUGCUAGGAAGCUGUUGGCAGUUUGAGUAAUCAUUGACCCUUCUCAGCUCACUGAGAAAACAGGCCACGACUAGUCACUCAGCACUAAUCCCAGUUCUUAAACAGCCUCCUCCAGCCCUGCUUUAGGACGACACAGUGAGUAACACCUAGGCAUAGAAACCACUCGGGUUUGUUUGUAUUAUGUUCUACACCAUUAAAGAUAUAAUACAGUCUUGAAUCUAAAAUAAUUUGCUAACUAUUUUGAUUCUUCAGAGAACUACUAAUAAAAACCUAAAAGGUA